GGAGUAAGUUUACGUGGCUGGCUGUUUAUGUUGCCCGUACCACUUACCCAUUGCGUUAAUGCCGCACAGUUCCCUCCGAGUACGGCGAAAAUGCAACAGUAUAUUCCACAGCUGAAACGCCUUCCGAACAUUACAAUGUCUGUAGCGCGUGUAAUGGAAGAAAGCCGCCAGGAAGAUCGUUCAACUCAUACUGGCAUGUGGUUGGUAAUGCACUUAUUAAAUAGUCAGUGCAGCUUAAUUUGAUAUUCCAAUUAAAAUCAUUGAAUAUAAUUGAUGUUAUCGACUCCAAGUAAUUAAGUCGCGCGUAGGUACGGACGGUUAGGGUGGAAUCGUUACCAACUGGAAGAGCUAGUUCUCGGUGGAAAUGGCAGGCAAAAGGAUCGUGUUUUUGAUGGUGCUUUGCUGGCUACUAUUUAGCCCACAUGUUGCGUCUAAGGUUUUGAGCAUACUUUUAUGACAAAAGAAAUACACUUGCUGCCAUUUUUUAAUACUAAUUAUCUACUUUUAAUUUUUCUAACGUUCUAUAUGUUUAGUUGGUUGUUUAUAUGAAAAAGGCAGAUGUUACCCAAAAUCUCAAAACGGUCAAUACAUCUGUCACAUUUCGGAAGUGUGGUUCGUCGACUAUAAAGAAUACUGUUGAUUUCCGUAUUGAAGUGCUAGAACCAAUUCUAGACAUACUGGUGUCUACCAUAUACUACGUACCUAACCUGGUUGGCAAGCAUGAGAAAGCGUUCUACAAUCGAACAAUAAACUUUUGCACCUACUUACGGAAGCCCUUUACCGAUCGGGUACUGAAGAUCAUCUAUGAACAUUUAGAUCAGCGUGGAAAUCUUCCCAAGCGAUGCCCUGUAGCUACGGGAACGUACACCUUCAAAACGUGCUUUGACGGUAUCCAUGUGCCGAGCUUUUUUCCCGAAAGUAGCUUUCGCGUUGACGUAUACUUCCGUCGACCUAACAGCGCACCGUUCUUUCAGAGCAGUUGGUUUGGCGAGAUGCGCAAAGAAUCCUGAAUAUAGAUGCAUGGCAAGGGGGUCGCCCUCAAUUCUUUCUACGCCAGCAGUGCGCCCUCUAUUGCAAUCUGAUGGUACUAUACGAAUAAAUCUACUAUCGUGUUACAUACGUUAGUAAGUAGU